AGCUGGUGGCUAUUAUAUGGGGGAUCCUGAAGGAAGACAGAUUCACUGGUUCUUUCCUCUCACACAAUGAUGAUGAGGUUCAAGGAUCUGCUGGAACAGAAGCUGGAUGCUCUGCUGUGUCUGGCUGAAUGCAUCACUCACAGGAAUGAGCAAGCAAUGUACCAGCUGGCGCUGAACUUCGAGAGCUGCCGCAAGAAGUGGAAGAUGGUGGAGGAGGAGUUGUCCGUCAGCAGGAGCCGCCUCGUUGAGAUGCAGCUUGAACGAGCCUCGUUGGAGGUCCACCUCAAGCACGCCCGUCAUCAGCUGGACAUUGAGCUGAAGCGAAGGCACAAGGCAGAGCUGGCCUGUGAACAGCUGGAGCGAAGACUCCAGCUGGUCCACGACAUGUUGAAGUCCGAGGGUCCGGCUGCCGUGCUGCAGAUCCAAGACCGGGAGAACCUCCUCAACGUCCUGAGCAGCCAGUCCAGGCCCAGCCGCAGGCUCCCUGCAGUGGAGGAGACCCUGACGUCCACCCUCUCUCUCUCGGGCAUCAGCUACGACAGGACCAGUGAUGAGAUCCCGGCGUUGGCGAUGACUGGGAGAGGGACCAGGCCGAGGAAUCGGGACAGGAGGAGCUCCACCCGCAUCCUGGUCGACAGUGGUCCUGUCAGUGCUCGGCGGUCCCGCUCCUCCUCAGAGCUGGUCCUGGAGCUGGCUGGCUCCCCACUGGCCGGAGAGUCCGUGAACAGGAGCCAGAACCACAACAGGUCCUCCCAGCCAGUGGCUCCACGACGGAGACGCUCCCUCAUGCCAGAGCCAGUCCUGCUGGCAGAUGGCAGUGAGGGGGACCAGCAGACACCACUGACCACUCCAGCACCUCUAGCAGAAAGCCGACCAGUGCCAGAGGGCUUCGUCAGCCCUGAGAACAAGGCCCCAACCAGGCCCCACAACUUUGUCUCCAAAACGAUCAUUCGACUGGAAUCCUGCGUUCCGUGUGGGAAACGGAUCCGGUUCGGGAAGAUGGCACUGAAGUGCCGUACUUGCUGCCUCGUGUCCCACCCAGACUGCCGGAGAUUGUGCCCCACCCUCUGCGCACCCAACUUCACCUUGACCAUGGUCAAAAAUGGAGAGGGAACCAUCGCUGACUUUGCCCCUCCUACAGCUCCCAUGAUCCCAUCUCUUAUCAUCCAUUGUAUCAACGAGAUUGAACAACGAGGGUUACAGGAGCCGGGGAUUUACCGGGUGUCAGGCUGCGAGCAGGUGGUGAGGCAGUUGAAGGAACACUACGUGCGAGGGAAGGGGCUGCCUGUCCUCAGCCGAGUCACCAACAUCCACGUGGUGUGUGGGCUGCUCAAGGACUUCCUCCGGAAGCUGAAGGAGCCGCUGGUGACGUUCCGACUCCACCCGACGUUCCUGGCUGCCUCAGGCCUCCCCGCUGACCGGUGCCGGGUGGAGCUGUGCCGAGCCAUAGCUGCCCUGCCCCCUGCCAACCGGGACACCCUGGGUUACCUCCUCGCGCACCUCCAGAGGGUGAUGGGGAGCCCAGAUUGCAGGAUGGAUCAGAGGAAUCUUGCCCGGGUCUUUGGGCCAACACUGGUGGGACAUGCCAAGCCAGACCCUCACCCACUCGAGGUGUUUGAGGACACAAAGCGUCAGCCAGAGGUGGUGGAACACCUGCUCUCCUUGCCCUCGGAAUUCUGGAGCCGGGUGGUGUCAACAGGAAGCGGUGCUGGUGACCCCAACCCCUUCACGCAUGGAUGUCUGUUUAAACCACUGACGAGCCCUGAUGUGGCCAAGAUGACCCAGUCCCCUGGCUGCUGCCUGCCCCCUGGCCUGCUGUCCCUGCCUGGUACCUCUCAUCCCGGCAAGUUGUUCCCAUCACCAACCCUGAAAUAAACCGCCUGCAAGGAAUUUCCACAGACAACCUUCUCCCAACAGACUGCAGUGUGGAGCAGGCCCUAUCCGGUCCUGGAUUCUCCCUGCCUGCCCAAAGACUUGGUGUUUCCCUGGGAUUUUUUAAACCCUUGCUGGACUGUUGCUUUUGUGGGAUGACCAUGGUCUCCAGACCCUGGUGUGGGUGGGGGGAGAGGGUAAAUUUAUAGUGGUCAGUGUCAGAUUGGGGGUUUUUGGAUGGGGUGGGAGGGGGGAGGGAUUUCUCAGUGCAAGGUUGCUUGUUCCUUCUGCCUGAAGUGCAAAAUAAAAUUUCAUUCAC